UUGUGGAAAUAUGAAGCCAUAUCUGCCAUUUCUAUUUGUAAUAUCGACAUUAUCGGUAUUGCUAAUAUCGGCCCAAGAGAAUAAUGUCCUGUUCGAGACAAUCAAUUUCCUGCGACGCGGUCAAGCGGAUGUCGAUCUAGAGAAUUAUGACAAUAACGUUGUAUUGGACAGUGAAUAUGAUUUCAUUGUGGUUGGAGCUGGUACAGCGGGCUGUACUUUGGCUGCCCGUCUCUCCGAGAAUCCCAAAUGGCGGGUUCUACUCCUAGAGGCUGGAGGACCCGAGCGUCUGGUCAUGGAUGUACCGAUUGUGGCACAUUUUCUGCAAUUGGGCGAAAUGAAUUGGAAAUAUCGGACACAGCCAUCAGAUCAUGCCUGCCUGGCCAUGAACAACAAUCGCUGCAAUUGGCCCAGGGGCAAGGUGAUGGGAGGCAGUUCGGUAUUGAAUUACAUGAUGUAUACGCGUGGCAAUCGUCGUGAUUACGACCGUUGGGAAGCACUGGGCAAUCCCGGAUGGAGCUACAAGGAUGUCCUGCCAUAUUUCAAGAAAUACGAGGGCAGCAGUGUACCCGAUGCCGAGGAGGAUUACGUUGGCCGCAAUGGACCAGUGAAGAUCAGUUAUGUGAAUUGGCGCUCGAAGAUAUCCGAGGCAUUUGUCGAGGCUGCCCAACAGGAUGGCCUCAAAUACCGGGACUACAAUGGACGCAUUCAAAACGGUGUGGCCUUUCUGCAUACCACAACUCGCAAUUCAACACGCUGGAGCUCAAAUCGUGCCUAUUUGUAUCCACUGAAGGGCAAACGCAGUAAUUUGCAUGUGAAGAAGAAUGCUCUGGUGACAAAGGUAUUGAUCGAUCCGCAGACAAAGACCGCCUAUGGCAUAAUGGUGCAAAUGGAUGGACGUAUGCAAAAGAUUUUGGCACGUCGUGAGGUUAUUGUAUCGGCUGGAGCUAUUAAUACACCACAAUUGCUUAUGUUGUCGGGAGUGGGGCCAGCUAAACAUCUGCGUGAGGUGGGCAUCAAGCCUAUAGCGGAUCUGGCGGUGGGCUACAAUCUUCAGGAUCACACGGCUCCGGCUGUCACCUUUACCACAAAUGCCACUUCAUUGAAAUUCGAAGACUUUUCCGAUCCAACUCUGAUCAAUCGCUUUAAUCGCAUGGAGGGACCCUAUGGUUCGCCUGGCGGCUGUGAAGCCAUUGCCUUCUGGGAUUUGGAUCACGAACGCGAUGAGGAUGGCUGGCCGGAUAUUGAGCUCUUCUUGGUCGGUGGUUCAAUGUCAUCCAAUCCGGCCAUUUCGCGUGCUUUUGGCCUAAAGAAAUCCAUCUAUGAUUCCUUGUUCGCUGAAAUUGAGGAUAAGUCACUGAAUGCCUUCAUGAUAUUCCCCAUGAUUUUGCGUCCCAAGAGUCGUGGACGUAUUAUGCUCAAGAGCACUGAUCCCUUUAAAUACCCCCUGAUACAUGCCAACUACUUUGCUCAUCCCUACGAUGUGGAUAUCUCGGUGAGAGGACUAUUAAAGGCCAUCAGUUUGAUGGAACAGCGUGGCAUGAAGACUAUCGAUGCUAAGCUAUGGGAACGCAAGAUACCAACAUGCAAACAGCAUCCAUACAAAAGUUGGGCCUAUUGGGCCUGCUAUGUCAGGCAUUUCACUUUCACGAUCUAUCAUUAUUCGGGCACUGCAAAAAUGGGACCCAAGUCCGAUAGAGCCGCUGUGGUGGAUGCCCGUUUGAGGGUCCAUGGUAUACGUAAUUUGCGUGUUGCCGAUGCCAGUAUAAUGCCAGAGAUAAUGUCAGGACAUCCAAAUGGUCCCGUCUUUAUGAUAGCAGAAAAGGCAGCUGAUAUGAUUAAGCAAGAUCAUGGAUAUAUCAAAUAAGACAAGAGGAGGGACUAGAAUGUCUUCCUUUUUUUAAU